CCCAUGGAGGCGGCGGGGCCGCAGCCCGCACCGGGCCCCGCGGCGGGGCCGCAGCCGGGCGCCGAGGAGAUCGACAUGUCCCUGGAUGACAUCAUAAAGCGGCACAGGAAGGAGCAGCCAGAUGCCAGCGCCGUGGGCGACAGCAGAAGGCAGCAGGUCAAGAACAGGAGCUCAGCCCCCGGCUAUGGGCGGCCCCGGUACCGAGCCUGGAAGCAGAGGAAUCUGCAAGGACCUCAGCGUUUCAGAAGAGGCUUUGGACAGCAGCAGCUCAAUCGGAGGCAGUUCAGGAAUGCUCUGCCUGGUGGCAAGAGAAGAGCAGCUGCUGCAUUCCAAGGAGUGAGCCCUUUGAACCGCCAGGACUCGGCCCAGGAGGGCACCAAGAAGAGCAAUGCUUUUGCCAAAAGCAGUGGUGGGCAGCAGGAGGAACAGCCACAGCCAUCUGCAAGCCCCAAGAGUUUCAGAGCAGAUGCUGCCAGCAUCCGUGCCCCAGGGAGGAGCAGGCCUUUCCUGCUGAACAGGGGAGCAGCGUUCCAGCAGAAGCGGAUGCAGCAGUGGUUCUACAAAGCUCCCUUCCAGAGAUGGCAGAUGGAUUCUCAAGGAGAAGGGAAACCGCCAAGGAUGAGAAGGUGGCAAGUGAAACCCAGCCCGGGAGCAAUUCUGACGGUUUCUGUGCUUAAUCCCCAGGCGGGCCAGCUCAGCCUGCCUGGAUCCAAGCGCCCAUUCCUGCGAAGCCAGAGAGCCCCAGCACAGGUGGCCAAGCCCCAGCCCCGGGGGGUGCUGCUGAGGUUCAACUUCCGCGCCAUGGCCAACCAGACCAGCCUGACUCUGGAUGAGAGGUUCUCUGGUCUGAGGAAUAAGAGGCGCUUUACAGCGGCCAGGAGCGCCCGGCGGACGGUCACCAUGCCUUAGGACACGUGCUCGGCACAGGGACUGCCUGGGACACUCCAGGCUCCCUGACACGGCCUCAAUAAAAGUCCUUAGAUUCCCUUUGAGAUAGCUGAUUUGGCAAUGUGCUGUCUCCUUCCUUCCACACAGAGUGAAUGAGUGAGUGAGGGCAGGGAUCAGGCAGGAUGAGCGUUUGGGCCAGAGCACGGGGCAGGUGGGACACGGGCAGGGAGGGGGAUGAGCAGAGAUGGAUUUGCUGGGAAGCUGCAGGGCUGGCACCAGCCCUGUCCCCCUGCCAGGGCACCCUGUGCUGACCAGGGUGAUGGCUGAUAGUGGGAGGGUGUACCAUGAAGCCUUCCUACACUGUCUGGGGUGGGAGGCUUUGAGCAUCAUGUGCCUGCCCACAUGGGAGAAAGUGGGGAUGCUGCAGCUGCCCACAGUCACCAGCAUCCACCCAGCUGCCCAAGUUGUGUUUGCAGGCAUCCCUGCCCAGAGGUUUGCAGUGUAAGACCCCUCCAUCCUGAAAACCUGUUGCUUUGCCCUGCCAGUCAGGCCUGAGCAGCUUGCAUUUCUCUGUGGAUUGCUGUGCUGCCCUGACUGCUGCUGCAGGGACGGGGUGAGACGUGCCCUGCCGUGCUGCUGGAGUCACUGUCCUCAGCACGGAGCCGGACAGGCUGCCCCAGCCCAGAUCACAUUUUCUUUCCAGUGCUGAGUAGUUCUGCAUUAGGGUUUUUGUAGUUGCAGCUCCACCCAUACUCAAAGCAGCAGCAUAAUCAAACCAGCAGCAGCACUCUGAUAAACAUUGGGUGAGAUGUUAAUGAGCUGGGUUUAGACAUUUGUAAUGAAGCCCUUCAUCAACCCUGAGUAACUGCUCCAUCCUCCAUCCAUUGCUGGAACCCAGCACUGAACAUGCUGGACACAGCCUGUUACUGGGCUCUGAGCUAUACUUAUAACAGGAAAUAUCUGAUAGACUGCUUUAUGUUUUACACCAAGCAUCUUUAAGAGACUGGACUUGGCAUUGGUUUUAUAGGAAUGUGUGAAAUGUUUUAGUUGAUGAAGCAGUGAUGUAUGAGUCCAGUGCACUGAAUAAAAAUCUUAACUUGUCAAA